UGUCAUGUAUGUAAUGUUGUGCUAGCAAGUUUCUGGCUACUGCGUUACUACACAAUAUUGUGAAACAUGUCUUAUUUAACGUCAAAACUAUCAACCCUGGCAAGAUGUACAAAUCACAAUAUCCUGACGUCUUUACACAUGCUUAGAGCCACGGUUGUCAACUCGGAGUGCCGGAGGUCGAUAUGCUCCAGUCCGAUCAGGCUGCAGCAGGAGGCGGCAGAGGAGCAACCAGCUACCCCGGAACAGACAACCUCAAGAGACUUCAGUAUAUACCCUCCCAUGCCUGGCGAGGACAGCCCUCUGAGAUGGGGUGGCAUGAAGUUUGAGGAGCUACCCAUCGUUAACAUCAAGGCCACAUACAACAACACGCUGAUCCAUGUGUCGGACCACAGUGGUCAGUAUAUUGCACGGACAUCGUGUGGAUGCGAGGGAUUCCGCAACAUCAAGAAGUCCACGCCCAUCGCCGCCCAGACAACCGGAAUCUCAGCAGCCUCGAAGGCCCAGGCCAAAGGUGUGUCAUUUGUGCGGGUGGUGGUCAAAGGCCUUGGCCCCGGACGAUUGUCUGCCAUUAAGGGUCUGAGUAUGGGCGGUUUGGAGGUGGUCUCCAUCACUGACAACACUCCCGUGCCCCACAACGGCUGCCGGCCGCGCAAGGCCCGCAGGAUGUGAAGAGGCCAAGGGAGUGAGCAGAGGGUCAUGUCAUUUGUCAUGGAGUGGUGCAUGGAAGUGGGGUCGAGAACCCACAGCAGCCACGACAACCACCCAUGGUGUAUUCUCAUAACGCCAUCUGAGCACACACACACACACACACACACACACACACACACACACACACACACACACAUACACAUAUACAUACACACACACACACACACACACACACACACACACACACACAAGCACACACACCUGUGUCACACCGUCCCUUGGGGGGAGUUAAUGUGGUA